AUGCAAUACUGGAACGACGAGAAAUGUUUGAAAAUGCUGAGUAACUGCAAGGAGGCAAUAAGUAGCAAGGGCAAGGUUAUCAUCAUUGACAUGGUGAUGGGGAAUGAGAAGGAAGACCGUGAAUUAACUGAGACGGAGAUUUUCUUUGAUCUGCAGAUGAUGAUACUCUUCAAUAAAAAUGAAAGAAAUGAGAAAGAAUGGGCCAGCCUCGUUUUCUCUGCUGGUUUCAGUAACUACAAGAUUACUCCAGUUCUAGGUUUGGAUUUUAUGAUCGAGGUUUAUCCAUAG